AUGGCCUGUUCUGACAUGACCGUAUCCCGGCUAUCUACUGGACAGGUGCCCCCGUCCCUACCUCCAGGGUCUCAUGCCAUGUCCCGGGCAGACUGUGUCUCUCUGUGUUUCUUCAGUGUAUACUGUACCACCAUGUUCUACAACAAGGGCACCAAGUCUUGUCACCUCCUGGAAGGCUUCAAUCAGACACAGCUGGUAAAGACAACUGAGCCAAUAGAACAUCUGGUAUUGGCCAAAGCUCCUUGCCCAAUCCAAUCAGGAUAUGUGUACAACCGGAGACUCAACAUAUGUUACAAGAAACACACUGACACUAAACUAUGGCCUGAAGCCAAGAGAGCAUGUUCAGCACAGGGCAACUACCUCGUCAUGAUCAACAGCGCUGAACGGAACCAGUUCAUGUACGACAUUGCUGCAGAUAUUGGGCCUUUUUGGACGAGCGGGAACAUACUAGGAUCAUCCUGGAGAUGGGGAGACAACUCUUUAGUUUCUGAACCCACAUUCUGGGCCCCGAGUGAACCGGAAGAAGGUCAUGCAACCCAUAAAUGUUUGACCUUUUGGGACCUGGGCCUCCCCAACAGCUGGCACGCCGGUGACUGUUACAGUCAUGCCAUGGCCUACGUCUGUGAAAAAGCGAUGUAG